AUGGGUACAAACGAUAAAAAGGACAUAAAACGCAAAGGCGAGUCAUCAAACACAACAGACACAGCACAAACAAAAACAAUACCUAGUCAAACCCCACAAACAAUACCAAAUCAAACCCAAACUUCGACCAUAACUACAUCUGGAACUGGAGCCUCUCCGUUGUUCCCUCACUUCCUAACCAUGUCCUCCAGAGAUAAGGGUAGGAAAACUUCAGAGUUAUCACCCAUCCUGUUGAGGAAGGGAAUUCAGGGAAUAGCGGGUGAGGUAAAAUCCGUAAGGCCAAUGAGAUCUGGUGUUCUCCUCAUUGAGGUUUAUCGCCGUCAACAGGCGGUGAAUCUCAUGGGUACUUCCAGUUUUGCCGGUCUCAAUGUCGAGGUGAAGCCCCAUGCUUCACUGAAUUCUUCAAAGGGGGUAAUCAGGUGCCCCGCAUUGAAGAACGACUCCGAGACCGACAUACUGGAGUACUUCCAGCAUGUCGAGAACAUCCAUGUCUCAGAGGUUAGGCGGAUCCGUUCCAGACGAAAUGGCCAAACAAUCAAUACCAACACAUUCAUUCUCACGUUCGGAGUGCCGCAGCUACCUCAGACGGUAACUAUAGGUUACCAGAGGUACGGUGUCUCCGCCUACAUCCCCAACCCUCUGCGAUGCCGUGACUGUCAAAAGUACGGACAUCACGAGGACAGAUGUGGACGGAACACUGUCUGCGAAAACUGCGGACGUGAAGGCCACACAGACAACGACCAAUGCAACAUUGUUGGCAAACAUUGCAUAAACUGCCAGGGUAACCAUGCGGCCUCAUCUCGAAACUGUCCUGCCUGGAAGAAGGAGAGGGAGAUCCUCCGGUUGAAAUAUACCGAGAAUAUUUCCUUUCCUGAAGCCAGGAGGAUUGUCGAGAGUAAGGACAGCACAAACCCCACGUUUGCCACAAUUGUAAAACAGUCGACAGCACGUACCAUCUCGGUGAAGGAUGCCUCUAUCCAAGCAUUUGAGGACCAGUCUGCCUGGGGUCCAGAUGCUCCCGAGAUGGCAAACCUACCAAAAUACAAACAAUUAUUUGGAAGAGCCUCACGCUGGAGUGCCACCCCCAAACCCCUCAAAACCCAUUAA